ACUAUUUAUCCAUCUAUCUUUGAGAAGUGAGUAGUGCAGUAGAGAUCGCUGGACUAAUUCAGGCAGUAGACUAAGUGAUUAAUAUCUCUGAAAAUUCAACUUGUGAACAACUCAUAUCGAAAUUAACUGAAUUACGUUCUUAAAAUUUUCAAGACAUUACUACAACAAGAACUGGAUACAUCAUGAAAAGCGCAACAGUAAAUCAAGAAAUAAAGAACGCAAUAAGGAGAGAACUAUUGAAAAAUAAAGAUGUUCCAAAAGAAUCUGAAGUUAGGUAUCAUCUUGGCUCCCAGUUGGCCAAAACGUUCUUUGGUACUCUGGACUAUACUGGGCAACAGUACCUCGCUCUUGUUCCUCCGGGGGAAGGCCCGCAUACAUGUCUGACGUUAGCUGAGAGUGAGGCUUCGGUCAGACAGUUUGCUCUCAACGCUCCAUUAACCAGCAGGGCAGUGACACAUGUUGGCAUACUAGACGUUGGUGGAGGAUGUUUACUUAAAUAUGAAAACGAAAUCUUGGCUAGACACCGGAGAGAGCUAGUAGAACUGGAAAAAACUGUUCGCGCUGAAGAGGCGGUAAAGUUAAAAGCUGCAGUUGCAGAAGCCAGAAAACAGGAGAGAGAAAUCUGCGAAAGGAGACACUUGGAACUAACGGACACAUACGAGAAACUUCUUUUUAUUGCAGUCAGCAGUGUUGUUAAAACAUUACAAAGAGAAUGCGAUAAGAGAGUUCAGAGAGAUUGCGAAGAACUCGACAAAAUGCUGAGAGAUCAAUUUGAGUAUAAACUGAGCUCCACUAUAGAAGCUCUGGAAGCUCGUUUCAAGGAGGAUACGCUAAACCGCUUAGCUAACCAACGGGCAGACUUCCAUGCGUACCUACAGUACAUACGGCAGGCAACCUUAGACUUAUUCCAUGAAAUUGAUAUGCACCACAUGCACGCUCUUCAGAAGCUUCGAAACGACUUAGAAACUGCUAACAUGGCUGACAUAUGUUACGUAACUGCAAGGGAGAGGAAAAGCUGCCAGGAGGAGAAACGAAGGAUCUGGCAGAGGUAUGACGAGACUGUGGCAAAAUUCAAAAAGAUAAUCGAGGAAAAGGAAAUGGAUAUAACCGUGACGAGGCUGGAGAUCAUGAAAGGAAGGUCUGAGGCCUUAGUGUGGCAGGAAAAGGUGGAUGAAAUUUUGCAAGAAUUUCAGAAGUUCGUCGCCUUCGCUCUGAAGUCUCUUCCAGAACAUUCCGCCUUUUUGAUAGACAGAAAGAGACUGCUUGACGCCGUCAAAGAUAAGAUUAAAGGAACGGCGUGGAAGAAGGUUACGGAUGCGAUGGAGAGUCUGUUCAACGCGGUUAUGGAGCGUAUAUCUGAACACGAGCGCGAAGAAGAAGCGAUUAGGGAAAUCCGUGAAGCAGAGGCAGAGCGAAGACGACAGGAGAGUACUGCUGCAUUUAUGCGAGGUGAAGUUAUCGAUUUAGUACCUACGGCAGACCAGAUAGAUGAGCACAGGCAGAAGCGCAAAGAGAGUACGACUGCGUUCGUGGAAAAGGAAGUUAUAUUGCCUGCCGCUGUUGCUGCCGCUCCCACGACGUUCGUGCGCGACGAAAUUGUAAAGGCGAUACCUCCUGUUGCCGUGCUGGAGACUUCCAAAACGAAGAGGAAGGAAAGGGAACGAGUUGUCCAAUUUGCUCGUGAUGAAAUUGAAAACUUACUGACAAUUUUCCGUAAACAUCCUAGCAUGGCGGACUUCGUAGCGCCGCCUCUAAAUACGGAAUAAAGCUUUUCACUGGAUGUGAGAUGUAUUGUUUUGUUAUGGCCAUUACAUCUUCAGAGUGUAUAUGCGGACAAGGAAAAAAAAUCCCCGGUUUUUUUCCGGAUUUCCAGAUUGAAAAAUACACUUUCCCGCGGGCUAAAA